AUGUCGGCUCCACCACGAGAAACGAUUCAAAAACAAAUUCAGCAAGAUUGGGCAAACCGAGAAUAUAUCGAAGUAAUCACGGGAAGUAUAAAAAAGAUCACUGAUUUCCUUAACUCUUUCGACAUGUCUUGCCGAUCCCGUCUCGCCACACUAAAUGAAAAGUUGACAUAUUUAGAGAGGAAAAUUGACUAUUUGGAAGCUUGUGUAACCAAAGGAGAAACUUUAACAUAGGCAGUGUAAUAAGUAAAACUGACAAUCAUUUUCUAAAUAAAUAUUAGGAUACGUUAGUGUAAUCAUGUGCCGUGUAUGAUGUGCUUAUACAUGCACCAAUGUUUAUGUAUUCAAGGUAUGAUAUGGUGUAAUGGGCUGUUGUUUGCAACUCGACGACCGGGCGCCUAUUUUGCGUGUGGUGGGUGCAGGAUCUUACUUAUGCCACCCAGGAAAGAGCUUGUUCUUCCAAGAAUCUCAGCGCCUUCUUGGGUUUGCUGAAGAUUUCGGGGAGCAACCACGGCACUCCUAGGUACUUUACCCUGUAGUUGACCACGCCGGAACAUUGUAGCAGGAUGUGCGCGGCCGUUUCCUCCUCCUUAAUGCACGGUCUGCAUAGAGGGCUGUCCGAUUAUAUGAACCAUGACCCGUUAGAGCUGCUAUUUGAAUGCGCACCUCUUUCCUUUUGAGUUUAAAAAAUAAUAAAUUUAAGAGAUAGACUGGCAUUAAGCAUGGGGAAUGCUUGCUUAGCCUGUCUGUAAACCGUAAGGGUAGUCGGUGUUAUUAUGAAAAGUUUUUGUACUUUUGUCUACAGUUGUUAUUGACCAUUGGACGGGGAGGGUUCUGGUCCUACAGCGUCCAUCUCCGACCCCUAUCUGACCAGUUCAUCAGCUGUGUUUUUGCCACGUAAGCCACUGUGUCUUUUGACCCAUUGUAGGAUUACAUGGUUGUGUACAUACACAACCAUGGAUGGCAUUCAUGGAUGAGCCAUGAGUUUAUAUCAUAGCCACCCAGUGCGUGAAGUACUGACUUGCUGUCGGAGAAUAUUCAAAUGGAGUAGUUCUUUUUCGUUCUGAAGUAGUACUCUUCUAGCUAUGAUUGCAUCUGUUGCCAACUCGGUACCCACACAUUCAACCUGGAAUACUGUGUCAUGGUUGCUAAGUGGUGUUGAAAUCCUUAUAUUGAAGUCUUCAGAAAAUACCCCAGUACCUGUUCCAGAAUUUGUUUUGGACCCGUCAGUGAAGAUGCGAACGUCUUUGGGGUCUUCCUUCAUUGGGAUCUUCGAAUAAUUGUUCUCUCUAAUCUUGUACUUUUUGUCGAAAAUGUAUUGUUUUGGAAUCCUAUCUACAGCCGCCUCCAGCAGCGGUUCUU